UUGCAAGAUGGCGUCCUGUUUAUGAGUGAGGAAAACCAGUGAGGAAAAGAGCUCUGCUAAGAAACAAUAAAUAUUUAACCAUUCACGCUAAAAUACUUUUAUUUUGAUCAAUAAUGGUGCGAAGAAGUGCUCGUCUUAGAAACAAAAACCCUGACGGUAAUGCUGACGAGGAAUGUGAGGAUUUAAGUGUAAAAUCUGGCCAGGAAACGCUGGAGAUGUUGGUUCAACGGACAUAUAGUUUCAUUAAAGAAAGAAUGGAAAAUAGGGAGAAGAGUUCUAGAUGUGAUGCGGUGAUCCAGAAGGAGGAUACACAAAAGAAAGCUGAAGAUUUUAUUCGUAUUUCGUCAGGUGUAAAAGACAAUGUUUCAGACUGUCAUACUCUUGCCUCAGAAUUAGACCCAGGACUAGACCCAAACAAAUUGUAUUUUAAAAUGGACCAGAGUAAUUCAAAAGCAAUUCCAUGUAUCAGUAAACAUUUACCACAGUUUGAUGAGAAACAGAUCAUGAGAAAGUGUGUGAUAUCUUCAGACUUUGAAAAAAAGGAGACUGCUCCAAAGUACCACAUUACACACCAUGCAAUGAAGAAACAGAGAAAGAAUGACAGAGAAAGGUCUGCUGGUCAAAAUUGGUUUAACAUGCCUGCUCCAGAAAUGACCCAAGAACUGCGACGAGACCUAAAUAUUCUCAGGAUGAGAAAUGUCCUUGAUCCAAAGCGUCACUACAAGAAAAACAGCUCAAAGAAAUUGCCAAAAUAUUUUCAACUUGGCACAGUCGUGAGCAGUGCAGCGGAAUUUUAUUCAUCUCGGCUUCCAAAACGUGAAAGGAAGAAAACAAUUGUUGAAAGUUUAUUAGCCGAUGCAGAAUUUAGAAGGUAUAACAAACGGAAAUUUUUCGAAAUUCAGGCAUCAAAAGAAAGAGGGAAAAAGGGGUUUUAUAGGAGGACUAAACGAAAACGAAGAUAACGAAGAGAAACAAUUUUAUGGAACACCUAACGUCUUGUUCACCACAGACAUGUUUUGUACAAUACCAGCAAGUAACAACAGGUUUGCUUGCUGCUUGCAAAGUGUAUAAACUAAUAAAACUAUUAACAAAUAAAGAGUGA